AGUAAUUUAGUUCUACCAAAUGUGUAGCUGUCAUCUCCUUUUUUUCUUUCUCCUGAAAAAUUUGGCGACAAAGAAACCAUGGAAUAAGACCCAGAUUUCUCGCUCGUUCCUUAGCCAAAUCCCUUGAUUUCUUGUGCUUCUUAUACCUCUACUCUUUUUCUACAAGUAUGAGGUAGUUAUUUUGGGUUUUGGUUCGAGAUUGUAGAAGUAAUUUUGCUUCUACGGUUUCAGCUUUCUUCAAUUGGGAGUUCGAAUUGAAGGUGUUUUCUAUCAAGAUUUUUCAAUGGUGUUUUCAGUCGAUUGAUAGCUUAAUUAAGAAUUGAAUGCGCUUCCGACUCCUUAUUUCAAAGGAGAUUCACCAGCUAUUAAGUUAACUAAUGGUAUCUACACGGAAUAUUUACACCAAUGGAAAUACAGUCUCACUGGAAGACUUGAUCUAAGUAAGAUUAAGUUGGAAGAAGCUAGAGAUCAGUUAUUAUCUCAAUGGAAAAUUGCAGAGAUUGGGAUCCAAGAUUCAACCCGGAAAGCCAGCGUACUUCAUUAGCUAAGGUGUGGCUCAAAUUUCCAGGCUUAAGCUUGGAGUAUUGGACAGAGGAGAAUCUGCUGACAAUGGCUAAGGCCUUCGGUAAACCUAUUCAGGUAGAUAACACAACUAUUGCUAUGGAGUUUGGGUUUUUUGCUAGUGUACUAGUAGAAGUUGAUUUUUCUAAGAAGAUUCCAGAUCGAGUAUGGGUCGGUGAAGGUGGUGAUGAUAUUGAAAACGGUUUUUGGCAAGAUGCUGUGAUUCCAAAACUCCCUAAAAAAAAUUCCCAUUACAAAAUUGUGGGACAUUUGGUUUCUGAGUGCAGAGAAAAGCUAAAAGAAGUGGUUAAAGAAAAUAAGGAUGUUAUUGCUGCAGAUGACACUAUUAAGGAAGAAAAAGAAAAGAUCGAGGAAAAACAAAGAAACCUUUUAAUUUGAGGAAACUCAAGUUAUAGUUAUGAAUGUCCAUCCGGUUGUGGACGGUGCAAGCACCUCAUCUACCGAUCCUUCAAUUCCCUCUGGCUUUGAAACUCAAAAUAGGUUUCUUGGAUUGACCGAAGAAAACGAAGAGGAGGUAGCCACUUCUCAGUCAGUGGUGGAAGAUUCAGAGAUAAGCAUUACAAUGCCGUCUUCAUCCUAUCCAAUUUUAAGAUAUAAUAAGAAAUUGAGUUUAAAAUCCAAAGCAACAGGUAUGUACCCAAAUGGUACUCUAAGUACAAAAAAGAAAAAUUUAUCAAAAUCUAAAGUUCCUAACAAGGUCUCAGCGAAUAAACUUUUGGAGUAUGGUUCAUUAUGGGGUUUAGAUUUCCCCACUUUAAAGAACAAUCGUAAAGAAAUGUUUAGUGAUCUGGCGAAAAAUCAUGAUGGUUUAGUUAUAGAGGAUGUUAACGAGUCUAUUAGAUGAUAAUAGGUAUCGAUGUUCAUUUUGGCUUGCAACUUGCGUCUCGGUGUUUAGGUACCCAAAGAUGUAUCUUCUUCAGUUGGUUCACUUUGUGCACUUAAAAAUUUUGUUGAUUUA